CUGCUCCGUUCAAGAGCCUACUCGACUACUAACCUGUUGCUGAAAAUGUCGAAGCGAAAAGCAGAAGAAGCACCAGCACCAAAGCUCGCCUCGAUCUUCACAAAGAAGGUGAAGCCGGCAGAAGAGGACAAUAAUCAGAAAAGCUGGAAGUUUGUGUGCUGGAACGUGGCAGGGCUCAGAGCUUGUGUGAAGAAAAGUGAUUUUAAGGAAGUGCUCGCCGAGGAGCCUGACCUCGUUUUUCUAGGAGAGACCAAGUGUAAGGAGUGGCCCCCGGAGAUGGAGGAGACGUUUAAGAACUACACCAAAACCCUCGUCGUCUCCACAGAGAAGAACGGUGGCUACGCAGGAGUCGGGCUGCUCAGCAAAUGUGCUCCGAUGAAGGUUCACAAAGGAAUCGGUGACCCAGAAUUCGACACUGCCGGACGUCUGAUCAUCGCCGAGUUCUCCAAGUUUUACUUUAUCGGAGCUUACGUUCCAAAUUCGGGCGCGAAGCUGGUGAAUUUGGAGAAACGAGGACGCUGGGAGAAGCUGCUGACCGAGAAGAUGAAGGAGAUGGACGAGAAGAAGCCAGUGAUCUACGGGGGUGAUUUGAAUGUUGCACAUAAUGAAAUUGAUCUGAAAAAUCCAGAAUCAAAUCGAAAUAAAACCGCGGGAUUCACAGAUCAAGAACGUGGAUGGUUCAGUGAGAUGCUCGAGUUGGGAUUCACCGACACCUUCAGAGCCAUGCAUCCCGACGAGAAGAAGUACUCAUUUUGGAGUUAUCUGGCGAAUUCUCGGCAGAAAGAUGUUGGAUGGAGAUUGGAUUAUUAUGUUGUCAGCAAUCGAAUUAUGAAUAAGGUCAAACGCAGUGAUAUCAUGAGCUCGGUGAUGGGAAGCGACCAUGCUCCGGUCGUCAUGCAAAUCGACUUCUAAAUUGCUUCUGAUUAUUUUAUUUUGUGAAUAUUGCUUUAAAACUUGUAUUUUUGAUGAAUCUCGACUAAUUUUU